CGAUAAAACAUGCAUAGUAUCCAGGGAACUCGAUUCUGUGAGUUUGUUAAAUACAGAAGAAGCUCUGCAAUAAUUUAUAACUGUGUUUUAAAUAAAUUUGCUACUAAUUUAUAAAUGUAGACGAGAAGGACGUUUAAACACUGUUAAUAAUAUUUUAUAAAAUUAUCGUGAAAUAUCAAUCAAUUAAAAAUUCAAACAUAUCUAACACGUAUAUUCACGAACAUGGACUGGGAUGUCUUGGAAUCAACCUUUGCGAUGUCUCAAUGUCCAAAUUCCAAUGAACCGAACCAUAUUCGAUUAAAAGAUUACAUAAAAGAUAUUUAUGUUCCCGAAUUUUCGGCAGAAUGGAAUAGAAGCAUAUUAAACUUGAUACCACCCGCGGACAGGCAAAAAUAUUUAUCUUUCAUAAAUUCAGUACUGAAUGAAGUGAAAGAUAUGUACGUUGAAAAUAUGAGGGAUUUCGUAUUGAAAUCCAUACUGUCCUGCAAGAUGUACAGGAGGGAACACGUUACUUGUGAAGAGUGCAAUGUUCCCGUUGACCUAAAACAAAACAUCGCUGAAGAAAAUAAAUUGCACGGUCACGCAAUAUUUUUGCAACGUCGUAAAUUGUUCGCCAAGAGAUACUUUCUCUCCCAUCCGAUAAUCAGGCAUAUCAUUAAUAUAGCGUGUCGUAUUCUACCCGCGGUCAUUUGUGACUUCAGACGUUAUCAUGAAUUCGGAAUGCUGACACUGCGUUGCUUUCAAGAUCUGAUUCUCAAGGACAUUAAGAGAGGCUCUCUAGUGAUCACCAAUCAAUUUUACACGGAGACGUUUAAAGCUAUACAGAGAUCGAAACAGCUGAAGAGCGCCACUGCGAAACGCCUGUCCCAAUUUAUGCGAUGCCUCACAAAUGUAUUUGUCCAGCAGAUUCUCAAUGUAAUGAUGAGAUCGAUCGAUCACGUAAUAGACACUAUGAGGGACGGCCAUUACCGUCCUCAAAUUGAAUUUCAGCUGGUAUGCGAAAGGGACCAGCUUGUAACUAAACCAGACCUAAAGGAGGUCUUUGCAACGUAUCACAAUAUUAUCCGAGACAUUGAAGGUAUCGCGCAAGAUCUGAUGCCGUUGGAAGAAUGGUUGAACGUCAGAGCGCGAGAGAGGUAUAUAAAAAUAGCGCUUCCCGACUGGUUCGUCGAGAAGUCCCACCGUGAUUUACAGGAGAUACUAGACGCUCUGUUUCAACCUGUGAACAAGCACGUGGCGUUCAUCUCCGUGGAGUUCAGCGGUAUAUGUGCGUCAAGUGCCAAAAAACGAAUAUCAUCUUUGACAUCUGAACGACCGAAUUUUGAUGCCUAUUUUGAGCACAUAUGCCAGUACAACGAGUACCUGAGCAAAACAAACUCCAUGCUUUCCAAUUUGUAUUACAACGUGGGAAAGUUGGAACAGAGCAACGCCAAGGAAUCCUUAAGGCAGAUCUGUUGCGACGUUAUAAACGUCCUUACAACGAAACUCGUGAGAUAUCAUCAAGACUUCAAUCGUUCGAUCUGUUCGGACUUUGAGGAACUGAAAUCUAUGGCGUCAGACAUUCCGAGGGACGCAAGUUCGUUAAUACAAUUAACUGAACAUAUGUCGAGAGCUUCGAAGGUGCUGAUGAAGGAGCAGGAGCAGAAGAUACGAGAAUCGAUCUGUAUGCUGAGUAAACUGUUGGAGAUCACUGUAUUAACUGACGAGCACAUCGACUUGAACCGAAUCACCAUCAAUUGGCUGCACGAUAUCCAACCGGUGUUCGCGCAGAACAACACGCUGUGCGAGGCUAUGAAGAGCGAGCUGGAAGAGGAUCUUCAACGGAGAAUAAAUGCUUUGAACGCUGAGGUUGACGCGAUGUUUCCACAGCUUAUCAUUCUAGACAACAUGGACGACGUAAGCAAGGUCGGAGAAUACGUGGAGUAUUAUAAGGACUUGAUGAAAAAGUACAAACGUAUAGACGAGGAGAUGCAAGCUAUCAAUUCGGAGGAAAAACUUUUCAAGUUUCCCGAAACGGAAUUUCCAAAAAUAAUCGAGCUGAAAGAGACAAUCCUGCCCUUCUAUAAACUCAUAUGUACCGUUCAUCAGUGGCGAAUGGACAACUCUGUUUGGCUGAAUGGUCCAUUCGAAUGCCUGGACGCUACUGUUAUCGAGAAGAAGACCGUGAAUUACUUCGACGAAAUUACGGAUAUGCACAAAACGAUGAAGUCGCGCAUCAAGAUGGACGCGACGGCGAAUAAGUCGUACAAAUUUUCCGGCAUCGCCGACGAUCCCGACCCGAUGCAGCAGCCCGCGCCUCUAAAACUGUGCUGGCAAACACUCAACAACGUUAAUGAGUUUAAAGUUUACGUGCCACUCGCGGUUUGCAUGUGCAAUCCGGCUUUGAAUGCGCGCCACUGGAAGGAGAUGUCUGCGAUAUGCAAUUUCGAUCUUACACCGAAUGCAGGAACGACUCUGAAGAAAAUGAUCGACAUGAAUCUGAUGGAUAACAUUGACAAGUACAAGGCGAUAAGCUCGGGCGCCAACAAGGAGCUUCGCCUUCAGCAGGAACUGGCUGAGAUGAUUGAGAAGUGGGAGCCAAUAUCGUUCGAGAUGUCGACCGACUCAGAAUCCGGUAUGGUAUUUUUUAAACACGUGAAUGACGUCGAAACUCUUCUCAGCGAACACCUCAUUAAGAUUGAGGAAAUGAGAGCGUCACAUUUUGUGAAGCCGAUAUUGUCAGACUUAAUUGACUUCUCCGCUGUUCUGACGAGGAUCCAAGAAACUCUCGAUCUGUGGACACGAGUGCAACACCGCAAACUCUAUCUAGAGCCAGUAUUUUCUUAUCCAAAAAUAGAAACACGUUUACGCCAAGAAGCUGUGUUAUAUUUAGAAGCAACAAGCGUUUUGCUGGAUAUUAACAACAGAUUCAUGAAAAAUCCAAGUUUUCAUGAAAUCAAAAGGGCGUCGGGCUUGCUGCAAAUCUUAAAUGAAACUAACGAGAAAUUGGAGAGAGCGAUCAGAGGGGUAAAGGAUUACUUAGAUAUUAAAAGACUGACGUUCACGAGAUUCUUUUUUCUCGAAGAUUCAGAAGUACAGAAAAUAUUAUUUGAAUCCACUGACACAGGGAAACGGUAUGCACUUGUGAAAAAGUGUUUCACUGGUGUAGAACGAUUGAAAUUUAAUAAAUCUAACUGCGUUCGAGGCAUUAUCGGACAUUACGGGGAGGUGUUAUAUCUAAGUAAUAACAUUUCCUUAUCCACUGAGCAGGAAGAGCAAUGGUUAAUUCAGCUUGAAAAAGAAAUGAAAGACGCAGUUCAUAAAAGUAUUCUGCAGCAUCAUUCUUUGAUCGAUGUCAAUUCGAUAUUUAUUCCCGUUGAUAACUUUCCAAGCAUGUCGAUCAUUUGUAGCUUGCAACUUUAUUGGACUCGCUCGGUCGAAAAAUGCCUUAUGUCACUGAACAUUACGAUGUUAAACUCCUUAUUCACGAAAUACACCGACGGGAUAAUCUCGACAACUAACGAAUUAAAAAAUAAUUUAACGCGAAGACGUAGGAAUCUGUUGACGUCAUUGAUCAUUGUCAUGCUGGCUCAUAAGGAGAUCAUAAAGCUGCUAAUGGAAAGAAAUACUGUUAAACACACGGACUUCGAAUGGGUCGCGCAAUUGAGAUAUUAUUGUAAUGACAAAGGUAUCAAAGUGUCAGUAUUCAAUACAACAAUUACAUACGGAUACGAAUACAACUAUUAUCAGCAGAACAUUGUUAACACUCCUUUAACUGAUAGAUGCUUUCGUACUAUAUUGCAAGCUUAUCAUUAUCAUCUAUAUAGCAGUGUCGUAGGUCCAACGGGUACCGGAAAAACGGAAACAAUUAGAAAUCUGACGAGGGCUAUCGCGAAACUAUCCUAUGUCAUCAAUUGCAGCAAUAGCAUUUCUUACGAUUGUGUCGUGCAAACGUUUAAAGGAGUAGUCUCUUGCGGAGCAUGGAUUUGCUUUGAGAACUUCGACAGAUUAGAACUAGGACUGCUGUCGAUCGUCGCUCAGAACCUUACGCAGAUGAAGCAAGCAGUGUCGUCUAAUUUGAAAACCGUAAGCUUUGAAGGUUGCAACUUGAACUUAAACGUCACCGGGAACAUAUGUGUUAACAUCAAUUCGGAGCAAUCCGAAUACAUUAAUCUACCAGACAACUUGAAGGUUCUUUUCCGCCCCGUAUCAAUGAUGGCGCCGGAUACUGACAAAAUUGCCGAGGUUGAACUCUUCGCCGCAGGUUUCCUCCACGCGAAAAAUCUUGCGACGAGGCUAACUGUCAGUUAUAAAUUAUUAUCCGAACAUCUGGGAGAAAAGCGUCAUUAUGAUUUUAGUACAUCGUCACUGAAGACCGUUCUCGCAACUGCAGUUAACUUGAAACGAAAUAUCCCAGACGAGAACGAAGAUUUUCUGCUGUUACGUUCGAUGAUACGUAUAAAUAUCCCGCAGCUAUGUAACACCGAUAUACCGAUCUUCCAAAGUAUCGUGCAAGAUGUCUUUCCUGAAUCCGUUGUGCUUCCUUUUGAUUGUUCAGCGCUUCUGGACGCUCUAGAAAGGGUGUGCGCAAAGAAGCUACUAACGCUGCAUACGGUCUUCAAAUUAAAAGCCAUACAGAUCGUCGAAUUGAUGUACGCUCGUCGUGGUCUUGUGCUCAUUAGUAACCCUCUCGGUGGAAAGACGGAAAUCUUACACACGCUUGCCGAAACAUUGUCCUUGUUGCAUGAUGAAAGAAGCAAAAUUGGCGCCACGGUAAACCUCGAAACGAUCGUGCCAGGAGUGGUGGACAGCAAUGCGCUCUUUGGACAUUUCUGCGACAAGUCUGGGGUUUGGAAAGAUGGUUUGUGCACCACUAUACUUCGACGCUUUGCGGAAGAUAUCGUAACGGACCGCAAGUGGUUGGUGUUCGAUGGUGACUUAAGUGACACGUGGAUAGACAAUUUAUAUACCGUUCUCGACGAAAACAAAAUGUUAUACUUGACAUCUGGAGAACGAUUUACCACGACGGAAUCAAUGUCCAUCAUCUUCGAGACGAUGAGCACGAUAGAAAUUUCACCCAGUAUAAUAUCACGGUGCGGAAUAAUCUACAUUGAUACGCAUUCCAUUGGCUGGAGACCAUACGUGUUGUCUCACAUCGCCAAGCCAUUCUACGAAGGAUAUAACAAGAUACUACAAGCUCUGUUCGAUUGGGCGAUAGAUCCAUGUCUUAAUUACCUAAGGAAAAAUGAAGGUAUACUGGUAGGUCAGGAAUUACAUCUCGUUAUGUCGACUGUAAAUUUAUUCGAAAUAUUAUUGAAAGACGCCUGUGAAGAAGCCGCAGGGGAUAAGGAAAAGGACAAUCACUUUGUCAUAUGGGCGCAGGCCGCUUUAAUCUUAGCUAUUGUUUGGGGAUUGGGUGGAAACUUGAUCGAGGAUUCGCAAACGCGAUUCAACGCUUUCUGCAUAUCAUUCUGGAGUGGCACAGAUAAAGAAUAUCCAAAACCUAAGAUAAUUAAAAGUUUCGACGUGACAUUGCCUAACGAGGGUUUAAUCCAAGACAAUUUCUACCUCUUUAAAGGUGUUGGAAACUGGAGGCAUUGGGGCGAUCUGUUGAAAAACGAAAAAAUACCCGAGAUAUGUAACUUCAAUCAAAUUUACGUUUCAAGUAUCAACAGUAUGAAGUACAAUUAUAUUUUUUUAAAACACAUCAAAUAUCGAAAGCCUUUUCUCUUGUAUGGCGACGUUGCUGUUGGAAAGACGAGUAUUAUGGAUGAUCUGAGAAACAAGUUGCCAGAAAAUUGUCUCUCCAAUUUUUUUAGUUUCACUUCAAUGGUCACGGUAACCAGAACGCAAAGAUUAUUGCUCUCCAAGUUAAAUAGAAUACGACGUACCGCCUACGGACCAGGAAGAAAUCAAUUUUGCGUAAACUUUGUAGACGACGUGAAUAGAAUCGCCGUGCAAAAAUCAGAGGCACAGGCUGUAUUUGAUCUUUUCCGUCAACUACUCAAUUAUGAUUACUGCUACGACACAAAGGAAUUUAAUAAAGUGUUUGUGCAGGACAUUAUGUUCACGCUUGCGGUUACUACGGGAAGAAUCGACGGAAGCUUAUCUCCUAGAUUUUUGAGACACUUUAACACCUACAUGAUUCCCGCUCCUACGACAGAUAACAUAUUCAAAACAUAUUUCAACGUGCUACUUGCUAAUUUAAAGAAGAAUCUGUUCGCGGCGGACGUUACGGGUAGCGUGACCAGCAUAGUGAACGCGACGAUUGACGUUUACAAGUCUAUAAUAAAGACAUUGCGGCCUGUGCCCAGUAAAAUGUACUAUUAUUUUGAUAUGAGAGAUAUAUUUAGAGUAAUUAGUGGAUGCGGUCUGCUCCAGAAGGAAUCGGUGGAAACGAAGGUAACGUUCAUUCGGCUAUGGGUACACGAGAUCUUACGCGUGUUCAGCGAUCGCAUGCUAGACGAGAGUGACAAGGAAUGGCUCUUCCUAAGAAUCCGCGAGGCGGUGAAAGGCAACUUUAAAGACUCUUUCGAGAUCGCCUUUGAUUACCUGCCCAAAUUCGAGAAUCAGAUCACCAAAGAUAGCUUCAAUGACCUGCUGUUCGGGAAUUUUAUGGAUACAGGGAAGAGCGGCAAAUGCAGACGGUACGAGGAAAUCGGAUCUAUGGAAGCCCUGAGGAACAAAGUUCUCGCUUACCUGGACGAAUAUAACGCUAGUUUUAAAAAGAAAAUUAACGUUGUCGUAUAUCGUUACAUGUUGGAAUCUUUGAUCAAAAUUUCUAGGAUCCUGAGCAUUCCGGGCGGAAAUAUGUUAAUGAUAUCCACUGCGGGUUCCGGCAGGAAGACGACGACCGCUCUUGCUGCCUUUAUGCAGCACCAAACCUUUUUUGAAACCAGCAUCGAAUCUUAUUACGACAUAGACGCAUGGAAAGAUGAAUUGAGAAAAGUUCUACGGGAGUGCGGAACGUUGCGAAAAGAUGUUACGUACUUUAUGAGCGAAAGACAGAUGAAGGAAGUGUUUUUGAGCAACAUUAGCUGUCUAUUAAGCACUGGGGAGCUACCUGACUUGUUCUCUACCGAAGACAAGCAGAAUAUAAUUGAGAUGACGCGAUUGCAUGCCCAGGGUGGUGACCGAAAUGCAGAGCUCAGCGCGCGUUCGGUGAUGACCUACUUCGCAGAUCAGUGCAAGAACAGAUUACACUUUGUACUCUGUUUCAGUCCUACCAGUGCCGCGUUCAGAACAUAUUUAUGCUCGCAUUCUAACUUAAUAAAACACUGUACGGUGAAUUGCUGUCAAGUUUGGCCCGACCAGGCGCUCUUAGAAAUCGCCGUGAAGCACGUAAAGGACGUUAACGUGCAGGAAGAAGUUAAAACUGACGCAGCAAGAAUUUGCGUGCAAUUCCAUAACAGUGCAAAGAAAAUGAGUUUGAAGUAUCGCGAAAUGUUCGGUAGGGCCAUUCAUGUGACGUCAUCGGCCUUUCUGCAUAUGCUCAAGCUGUACACGCAACUGACGUCGAAGAAGCAGGAAGAAAUCGUCGCGUCGCGAAACAGGUACCUAGCGGGAUUGGAAAAGUUGGAAUUAGCGGCCCAGCAAGUCGAACAGAUGAAGGCCACCCUGACGGUCUUGAAGCCCCAAUUGGAACUGUCCGCUCGACAGACCAUGAUCACUAUGAAAGAAGUGGAAAACGAAAAUAUUACCGUGGAGCAAGCUACAAUCCUCGUGAAGCAGGAAGAAGAAAUCGCGAAUAAGAAGGCGGAGAUCGCGGGUGUCUUGAAAAUCGAAUGCGAGGCCGAUCUUGCCGUUGCGAUACCGAUCCUGGAGGAUGCGGUAAUCGCAUUGAAUACGUUGAAGCCGACCGAUAUCACGUUGGUGAAAGCGAUGAAAAAUCCACCCGACACCAUCAAGCUGGUAAUGGCCGCCGUUUGCGUAAUGCUGGGCGUUCCUCCAGAUCGCAGUAUCGAUCCGGCCACCGGGAAGAAAUUCACGGAUUACUGGGGCCCGAGCAAACGUAUUCUGGGUGAUAUGAAUUUUUUGCAGAAUCUAAAGGACUACGACAAGAACAACAUAGCGCCCGCGGUGAUGCAGGUCAUCAAGAAGACGUACAUGACAGACAACAGUUUCAUGCCUCACAUAGUUGCGAAGGCAUCCAGCGCUGCCGAGGGUCUCUGCAAAUGGGUCCGCGCUAUGGUGUCUUACGACGAGGUGGCAAAGGUAGUUGCGCCUAAGAAGAAGAAACUGGCGGAGGCACAAACGGAAUGCGACGAGGCCGAGGCGUUCUUGAACGAGAAACGACAGACCCUGGCUGCCUUGAACGCAAAACUGGCGGUGCUGAACGAUAAUCUUCGACAAACGUUGCAGAAGAAAUUAAACCUAGAGAUGGAAGUGGCGACAUGCACCGCCAAGCUGAUCAAAGCGGAGAAGCUGAUUGCCAGUCUAGGAGGUGAGAAGAGCCAUUGGAUGCAAUGCGCUCACAAUCUUCAAAUGAAUUACGACAAUCUCGUAGGCGACAUGUUGCUCUCGUGCGGAAUAGUGGCCUAUAUGGCAUCCUACAAUACCUCUUUUCGCGAUGAAAUGUUGAUGAAAUGGAAAGAAUUUAUGGAGGCUUCUAAAAUAUUGUACACUAAAACGUAUGACUUUGUGAGUGUUCUCGGUGUGGAAAUUGAGAUUAAUUAUUGGCAACUCUGCGGUCUAUCGAAAAAUCGCUUUGCAACAGAGAACGCCAUUAUUUUGAAUAAUUCGGAACAAUGGUGCCUUUUCAUCGAUUCACAGAAUCAGAUAAAUCAAUGGAUCAAGAGAAUAGAACAGAAAAAUAAUUUAAAAGUUGUUAAACUAACUGACUCCAAUUAUAUGUCAAUCAUCGAACGAAAUAUUGAAACUGGUACCCCAGUUCUGCUAGAAAAUGUCGGAGAAAGCCUCGAAAUUGCAUUAGAACCGAUCCUCUUGAAGAAUAUCUAUAAAGAUAAAGACUGGUACAUUGAUAUUGGAACUAAGUCUGUAAAGUACUCACAAAAUUUUCGAUUUUACAUCACCACAAGGCUGUCAAAUCCAAAUUAUAUGGUUGAUAUUUUCGCUAAACUUACGAUAAUCGACUUCUCGAUGCCGGAUGGGACUCUUCGAGAUAAACUUUUGGACAUUGUCAUUUCGAAAGAGAAUCCAGAUCUUCAAGAGAAAUUCGAAGCGCUCCGCAUUCAAGAUGCCACUAACAAAAAAGUUCUUCAACAGCAAGAAGACAACAUCUUGAGCACUCUCUCAUCAACCACCACGAAUAUUCUGGAGGACGAAAAUGCGAUACAGAUCUUAGAUUCAUCCAAGAAUCUCACCGUGAAUAUCGUGAGGAAACAAGAAGCAGCCAGAGCGAUGACAGAGAACAUUAAUGAAUUCAGAGACGCGUAUUUACAGUUCGCCGAUCAUUGCGCGGGUUUAUUCUGUACGUUGACCACUCUAUCCAAUUUGAAUCACAUGUAUCGAUUCUCGUUUUCCUGGUUUAUUCAAUUGUACAUCACCUCAAUCGAGACUUCGAACAGGAGCGUUGUUCUCGAAAAACGACUGCAGUUCCUCAAGUCUUCGUUCACGAAGAACCUUCACUCCAGCGUCUGCAGAUCGCUCUUUGAAAAGCACAAGCUCUUAUAUUCCUUUUUGUUGUGCAUAAAAAUUUUGCUAGACGCUGGGCAAACUACGCAAAAGGAAAUCAAACUCUUCAUCUCUUCGGACUCAAAUAACAGUGCGGUUCCGGAGCCAGCGUUGGAUUGGUUGCCAAUGGACAAAUGGAGACAAAUUUGCACACUGAGCAACGUAGUGCCCAACCUACGCGAACUCGCAAAUGACUUCCGUGUCAACAGCGCAGCCUGGGAGAAAUAUUGCAACGCGGUACCGUUCCAAAGUCACCUGAUACCAGGUACGUGGACCGACAGUCUGACUCGGUUUCAAAAACUGAUGCUUAUCAAAAUCAUAAGAUACGACAAGAUCAUCGUGGAAAUAAUGCGUCUAAUAGAGGAUACCAUGGAGAACGUAUUCGAUUCCUAUCCUCGCCUUCAGAUAUCCGAAUCCCACGCAGAAUCUAGCUGCCUCACGCCAAUCGUAUUUAUUUUGCCGAGUUACGCCUCGCCUCUGUCUCUCGUCUCUACAUAUGCGAGCGCGAGAGGCUACGCCUCGAAGUUCGUCUCUCGGUCUAUGGGUGACGGGCAGCAGACCAACGUCGAGAUUCUGGUAGAGCAGGCACGAAGGGAAGGCGGAUGGAUACUUUUGGAAAACUGCCAUCUCGCCGUAUCGUGGCUACCGCGACUCGAACAGAUCUGUGAGAACCUGUCCGGUACAUCCCUGGACUUUCGACUGUGGCUUUCCAGCCGUUCCACUCCGCACUUCCCGAUCAGUGUCCUACAAAACAGCGUGAAGAUCGCGUACGACUAUCCGCUCCGACUGAAGCAGAGCUUACUCAGGAUGUACCGAACGGAACCCGUAAGAAGCAAAGAGUUUUUCGAGGGAUGCCCCGGAAGAGACAAGGAGUUCUCUAAACUCUUGUACGGGCUCUGCUUCUUCCACGGAAUCGUCAGAGAGAGAAGGCACUUUGGGCCGCAAGGCUGGAAUAUCCCGUACGAUUUUGAUCAAGCAGACUUCGAGAUAUCCAUUCGACAACUGCAGAGUUUAAUCAACGAGACCGCAAAUGUACCGUUUGAUACACUACUUUAUCUAAUCGGGGAGUGUAACUACGGUGGGAAAAUCAUGGAUCGCCUUGAUCAAAAGUGCCUGCGACACCUGUUAGACUCUUUCUGCGACAGGCGCAUAAUCGAGAACGCUGAAUGUUCAUUUUCCAACUGCGAGGAGCAUUCGGUACCGCAACGAUGCGAAUACCGCGAUAUCAUCAUGCACAUUAGUGGUAUGCAACUGGACGCGUCGGCAGAAGCUUUCGCCUGCGACGAGAAUGCUCUUAUUAUAAAAGACACAGCCGUUGCCAAAGAAUUCUUGGAAUCGGUAUCUCGCUUGGACCAAAUCAGAUCGUUGGAUCAUGAAACUGUACAAGAUCAGGCGCUCCAAGCGAUUAAUGAGAUUAGCAGUAGAUUACCCGCGUUGUUUAACAUCACCGAAAUACAGAACAGGUGUCCUACGAUAUCGCGCGAGCUAUUAAACGCGAUUCUCAUCCACGAGGCGAAACUAAUCAACGAGAUUUUGUCAGUGAUCGCAGACUCCUUGAGCAAUUUAAAAUCGGCGCUGAAUGGCGAGACCAUUCUGACCGAAUCUUUGGAAGAUCUGUCGAAAGAAAUAUGCAAUAACGAAGUUCCGUGCGUCUGGAGGAGGAUCGACGUUGGCAUUGCAACCAGAGGUUUACCGAGCUACAUCGACCUGCUCCUGAAGCGCGUAAACUUCGUGCGACGUUGGUGCGAUAACGGUCUACCUCACGGGAUCCACUUCGACGCGCUAUCUUGCUGCAAGAGAUUUCUAUCCGCGACUCUCCUCGCGUUCUCGCGACGUCGUGGCGUGCCCGUCGAACAAGUCGCGUUGGAUCUUCAAGUGACAAACGGCGAUUCUACGUGCAGCGAGGAAAACGAGGAUGUUUAUUACAUUCACAACUUACAUUUGUCUGGCGCCCGAUGGGACGUGCAGAGACGUGUAUUAACGGAAAACUCAACGAACGUAUUCUGGUACGACAUACCGCCGAUACGUCUCACAUUUAGCAGAGAAGAGAGAAUUAUCGAUGGUGCGUACGAGUGCCCCGUAUAUGUCUCACCGACAAGAUGCGACGAAGGGGAUACCCAUGCGAGUACGAAGAUGAGAAAUUACGUUAUGAGCGUACCAUUGGAAACUGAUAAGUCACAUGUAUAUUGGACAAAACGUGGCACAGCAUUAUUCUGCCAAGUUGAGAAAUAAUAUAUUUAGGUACUAAUCAUUAAUAUAUACCUUCUACUUGUUUCUUGCGAAUGAACGAUAAUUGAGUAUUUUCCUGAUUUAAUCUAUCUAGUCUAUGCAUGUUAAUUAAUAUUAUUAUUAUAUUAUUUGAAAAAAGAUCAAUAAGACUUUCUUUGCAGUAAUUGUUAUAAUUGUAAGUAAAUAUAAUAUUAAAGAAUUUAAUAAAAAUAUAAUUUGCUGAUUGUAACAACGUCAUGUGAUGUUUCGAACAUUGAGGACAGUUGUCAACAUAAAAAUGUAAAUCGUUGAAAAAUUUAAAAUAUAGUUCUGUAAAUAUUAGCAAUAAGUGACAAUUUAUAAUGUAAUCGAAGUUUGGAGCAUUUUUUGAAUAAAAAAUAAUAUUUAACAUAAACAUAUAUAAACAUAUUUUACAUAAAUGACGUUCAAUAUCAAUUUAUUCUCCGGAUUCACGGUU